AUGGAAAAAUUCACUCAUGUGGAAGCUCUGCUGUUUACUGCUGUGCUGGAGGAUUGUGUCGAUCAGCUCUCAAUUCUUGGAUGCACCAUGCCAGUUUCAUACGAGGGCAAGACAGACCUCAGCCACACUGGCAGCCAGGAAAUGAAAGAAAUCGUAGAGACCCAGGAGGAGCUGGACAUUAACUACCAAGAGCUUAUGUCAGCAAGACAAGGGAGUGGGGAAACAGUUACCUCCAAGUCUCUGAAAAGCAUUGAACACAAACAGCAGCUGAGGAAAACUGAAGAUCUUUCCAGUAGAGCUAUGAAACACAGCGCUGUAUCUGUAGAGAAUCUGAGAAAAAUUCAGGCUGACAGGCAGUAUGCAAGUGAUGUAAUUACAGUCACUAUGAAAGAGAUACAGGAAUCAGGAACAUUUAAUAGCCUAACAGAAGCUAACGAGAGAGAGAAGGCAAAAAGGAGCAAGUUCCAUGACUUCCUCAUCAGGGAGGAGGAAGGAAAGAAGGAGAUAAAGUCACUUGAGAAACAGCUGCAAGAUGUCAAGAAGGAAACUGAAACAGAACUUCAGGACCGAGAUAGUAUGAUUGUUUACCUCAAAGAUGAACUCAAAGAGAUGAAGGCCAAAACAGACAUGGAGAGGUGCUACGUGAAGAAAAGCACAGACCUCCAGGUCCACCAAACCCAGAAGCAGUGCAGCAAUGCAGAGAACGUCCUGGACAAGGAAAUUCAGAAGUUGAGGAGCAAAAUUAACGAGGAGAUUCGAGUCCACAUGGAGACUGAAAAUUUCCUCAGGCAACACCAUAAGGUGUUGGAAGAGAAGCUGGAAUACUGGGUGGACAAGCACAAAAACGACACAGAUGCUAAAGACAAAGAACUGGAUGCCCUAAAAGCAUCAAAGGCAAACAACUGGGACAUGCUGCAGAGUCUUGCCAACGAGUGCCAGACCUUGGAGGAAACCAUCAUCAGUGACCGGGCAGAAAAGGAGGCUCAAAGAAGGCAACGAGAGCACGAUGCCCUGGAACUGAAGAGCAUCCUGAAGCUGCAGGCCUGGUGGAGAGGUACAAUGGUCCGCAGAAACCUUGGCCCCUACCAGGCCCUCAGGAAGAUUCAGGCGAAACAGCUAUCAAAGCAGAAGGGGAAGAAGGACAAAUCUGGAGCAAAGAAAAAGACACGCUAA